CAAAAUUGAUUCAGUUUACGUCGGAGCAAUUUGGCUAUAUUAAACACUGUUCCGUUGUAUCUUUUAAAGACUUCGAGAAUCGUGUUUGGUAAAAGAGCGGCAAAAAAGAACAGUUCACGAAAUUUGUGGCAUACACGUCAGCUUCUCUUCAAGGAUAUUAAAGGAAUAGACUUAAACUUAAUUACAAAAUCGACUCGCAAUAAAUUACCGCUUCAAUUUUAGUUCUAACAAAAACACUUCCACUGCAUACAACUCGAAAAUUAUUGGGACAUUUGGUUCGCGACUGACUAUGACAAGGCUGCAAUAGUUUGAUCGUUUUUUCAAACUUUCUUGGCAAGAAGAAGAGCCGGUCCUGUAUUUCGAAUUCAUCAAUCAUCCUUUCUGAUUAAGAUUGUUUUGAUUAGGUCGGAGUAACUGUACCUUCUAGUCAAACUUUUUCGGCAAGAAGACGUCCGCCACUUGAAAUUCAUUAAACGGCCUCCUUUAGUGUGGGCUAGUCAUAACCGACUGUAGUUUCAAGAAAGGUCAUGGAUCCUGUAAGAUCGAACGGCGUAGUCUUCAUCUGCGGCGACAACAAGCUGACCGACGACGACUAUAUUCUCCCGACCAAGAGUAUUUUGACAGCAAAUUUGGCAACGAACUGGGCAGUUCGUACUCAUUACGACCCUAAUGGCGGCGACCCAAGAAGCAACAAAGACACGCUGUUCCGAAAUAUCAGUUCCUCGUACGUCUUCCUCUUUAUAUUCAGCGAGGAAACUACAACCAAUGCUUUCUUCUUGAACCAACUUGGCAUCGCCUUUGCACGUGGGAUACCAAUAGUGGGCAUCCGAGAACCCAGCUAUAUCAUGCCUAAUCCACUGCCCGAGCAUUACUACACGACCGAAAUCGUCGACCUCACGUGUACCUCGGGUGAUCAUCGGAAUCGUCCGCGGUCGCGAAAUAAGGCAAUCUUAUCAAAUCUCCUGAUCGAGUCGUUCCGAAGCGCUGUGGUCUACACAACCGAUUUUCAUAAGUCUUGCAUCGAACGUCUAUUCCGAAAAGUCACCGACGCUUAUACGAAAUCCGAAAAAGAACGGACAGUCCCUCCGAGUUUAACUGUCACCGACUGCGCACGAAACGGUAUCCCGGCUGAGCCGACGAUGCGUCAAAAACUCUGGGCCAGUGUAGGCGGUUGUACAAAGUGCUCAAAAUGCGGAACGACGAUAAAGACAAACCAAAGAAGGACGGCGUUGCAGAGAACGAACAGCGUCGACCAUUUGUAUAAAAAGGAAGGUUCUAGACCGACAUCCCGACAACAAGUUGCGACACCGCAACUGGUCAUUACGAAAAGUGUCCUACAACCCCUUGGUGGGCAGCAGAAUUUCUCCAGGAAUAUAUUCAAUGCCAGGUCCCAACGGCCGGCCACGAGCGUCAUACGGAAAAGCUCUUCGGCGAGAGUCCAUGGCGGGCGCCAAAUCGAGCUCAGCCAUCACGACGCCGUGCAUUCCCGUCCGACGUCGACAAAAAGUUGCAACGCGAUUUCGACGACGAGAGCGGGGGGGAAAUUCAACCAAAAACAUGUCGGAACGAAACCGAACGGUCUUGUGGAAGUAGAGGACGUCAAGGAAAAUAAAAACACAACAGCGCCUUUCAAAGAAAAUGGCGAAAAAGUUGCAAGGAAAAAGUCAACGGCCGGUUUCCUGACAAAUCGGCGCGGCGCAUUUCUGAGAAAAAUGUCGAGCUUGCCUUGUAUCCCGACAACGUAUCUCGUCGCGGAGCCUGGGAGCGAGGAGCCCGCGUUCGUCAAGUAUCCACCGGUCAACGGCACGCUGACAGUCGGAGAUCCGAACGUUCCCGAGUUCACGGACGAUGAGGAUAAAGAGACAAUUCAUAUAUCAAGACGACCCAGUCCUGCUAUCUCGACUUGCUCGACAGGUAUUGAGUAAUGUUGACAGAGACGUCACCGCCCCCGGGGCGAUCCCCUCACCGUCUCGGGGGGAAAGUUAGACAAUAUAGGUGGUUUUAAACAUUGUUAUAUGGGACAGUGAAGUGCAUAAAUGGUCAACGUGAAAGAACAGAUAGUCAUCAGAGUCACUAAAUUGUCCACUAUAUGUAUUGAACUUGCCGUGUUUAGUGGCAAAUGUAAUAUAAUUUACCGUAUAAUUUACUCGAUUGAGCGCCGCCCCCGAAUGAGCUAGCGCCGGAUUUGAGUCUUGAGAUUAAAUUUUUUUAAAGAGCGCCGCCCCCCGAAUAAACGCCGCACUAAACAGUGUAAAAACUUUCCGCCCUCAAAAUGGGAACAUUUAGUGACAAAAACCUUCUUGUUACAAUUCAUAAAUAAAAGAUUUUUUAAAGAGCGCCGCCCCCGAAUCAAACGAGUAAAUACGGUACGUGCAAUAUAAUAGAAAAUUUAAAUAUCCUUUAGUUUUAUUUAUUUAUUUAUUUACUUUAAUUAUUUAUUUACAAGCUUUACAAGCUUUGUCAAAAUGACAGAUAAAUCCCCACAGAAUUUAUCACUUUCCAGACUGUAACGUUUUGACAUUGGAAGAAUAAAUUUCCUGCGCAAAAGUUCUUGCAACAGUGAAAAACUGGAAUGAAGAAUCUACGCAAGGCUAAGCUGAAUGACGAAGGACGCAGCUCAACCUGAUCGAGACGAAGGCUUUCGAAGGGCGCCCCCUAGUAGCCACCUUAUGACCAAUCUCGUACCCAGAGUAUGCCUGUUCA